UUGAGAAUAGACCGAAGCUUAUCAUCAGACAUCAUCAUGACUGGACGCGGAUCAGGUGGAAAAUCCAAGGCAAAGUCUAAGUCCCGUUCCAGUCGGGCCGGUCUCCAGUUUCCGGUCGGUCGAAUUCAUCGGCUCCUGAGGAAGGGCAACUAUGCCGAGCGAGUAGGAGCAGGUGCCCCGGUUUAUCUGGCCGCCGUUAUGGAGUACUUGGCCGCUGAAGUGCUGGAGUUGGCCGGAAACGCCGCUCGUGACAACAAAAAAUCGCGAAUCAUCCCUCGCCAUCUACAGUUGGCCAUCAGGAAUGAUGAAGAACUGAACAAGCUAUUGGCGGGUGUGACCAUCGCUCAAGGUGGCGUUCUGCCGAACAUCCAGGCCGUGCUUCUGCCCAAGAAAACCGAAAAGAAGGCCUAAGCUUAGGAAAGCGACCCAUACGCUAUGCAGUGAUGGAUCUUCGAGCUUUAUCGGAUAAAAUAUAAACCGUCCUUUUCAGGACGACAA